CAACUGCAAGAAAGGCAGCGCGAAGUUUGAAAACAUCGUCAUAGGCCUAUACACAAGUUUGAGAUUCACUCGUUUAUUAUAUAUAAUUUUUUCAAAAAAGGUUAUAAAAUUAUGUAAACUUAAAGGAUGUCUGUCGUGAACACCCCGGAAGCACAGGUUGUACGCUUCAUUGACUCGAAUAAUUUAUCCAAAAUAAAUUCAGCUAGCCAUCAUUACAAGUCACCAUGGCCAAUGCGAAGACAUACACCUUACACGAAGACACCCCAGUCAAGGAGGAUUAUAGGCAAGUCGGGCCAUUUACCAAGGACACCACCUGAUGAAGCACUAGUGAAUGACUGGAAACUACUCGUCAAUAAAACCUGGCACACCUAUUGCUUAACACCAUUGUACAACUUUAGCUAUAAUCCUAGCCAACUGAAGAAAUACUCACGGCACUUGUCGGCCCAGCUGAAGGCGGAAGCAAACAAAGGAACUGGGGUUGGCACAGAUGAGGCCUUGUUGGAUCGUGCUGUAUUUCGUGUCUUCAAAGGCUUAGCUGUGGGGGCUGAUGACUCGGAAGCUGUAGAGGUCACAGUGACCUCAAAGAGGUCAGGUUCCACUCAGACCCAGUUCAAUGCUGUCCUCAUUAGCGUAGAGGCUGAUUUUGAUGAGGCUGAGCAGAUGAAAGUAGCUAAUGAUUUUACAAGACUGCCUCUGUUGUUGGUUAAGGGUCCUGCAGCCACUACAAGUGCAGUGCUUAAUUUUCUUCAGACUGAAUUUGACUGUAUAAUUAAACCCCUGAUGUUCUGCCCAAUACUAAAAACACCUCCUCUCUUUUUGACAGAGGAUAGUAAGAAGCCAAUUGAACUGCUGUAUAGUGUUCCUGAAGAGGUCAAAGGUCUUCAAAGUAUAACAAUGACUAUUGAGGCUAAAGAUGCUAAAAUAUUGUGGGAUAGAAUUCAUGAAGAAGGGUCAUCCGAGGUCACUGGUGAAGAGGUCGCAGCAUACAUCAAAAGUCUUGAGUGCCAUUUCUUUCGUCAUUUUAGAGUUUAUCUUGCAGCCAUGAAAAUAACCAGGAUUGGAACGACUGUUGCAUUUGUUGGGCACAAGGGCAAAUUAAAGAUACUCUCCGAGAACCAGGUUAUCCAUAUUCUAGCCUACCUGACUGAGCUGGCACUUGCAAACACUGCUGUUUAAAAGGUCUGCUGAACAGAAGUUUUUUCUCAGAAGCAAUAGCAGUCACAUUACAAUGUCCAAUAUAAAAAUGUUCAAGAACUUUGAUACUUACCUACAUACGGUAAAAUCUCAAAUAGAAGCCCAAUGGGCUCAUCUCAAACAGUACACCAUGGGCUUCUUUUCGGGGUAGUACUUACAAUGUACAUGAAUUUCAAAGAAACAAAUGCCUAUAUUAAAAACAUGCUCAGUUUACACAG